AUGAAGAGACCUAUAACCUGCACCAGCCUGGCGGUAUCCCGGCCCCCCCACCAAUACACGCUACUACCAACCCACUCCACUCCAAAUAAGCGAGCCAGGGUCGAGACGUUUGACAAGUCGAUACCGGAGUUUGAAUCGGUUUACAGCCUCAACUCAAUUCCCGUUGCACAGAUCCCUCGCGAACCUCAGAGCAAAAUACCACCAACUGACCAAGUGCAAUUCUAUGCCCUUGACGAGGAACUACAAUACGCAGAGACAUUUGCAUCGCCCCAGCUCACAGCGGACACACGCACCGUUUCCAAUCACUUGUCUCCCUCCACCUCGUACGUCUGUGAGCCAAGGCAGCCAACCACCCUUCACGCACCUGUUCCCAAACAGGCUGCCCACCGUUCGUCCUACCAAGCAUCCAACGACUUUAAUGACUUAGCAUACACCACUUUUGCAUCGCGCCUGACGCUUUAUCAAAAACAAGCCCAGCUCCGCUACCCCCAGAAAGCAUCCCAGCCGCCUUCUGAGAACCGCUUUCUGGUUCAGAGGCCCCCUAUUAACUACAACCAGAUAUACCCGUUUACCGACCCCGCUCAGGCCCAUGUGACGCACCAGCUGAAGUUGGCCACUCUUCAUUCCCUCAUCCUAGGUGACCUUGACUACCGGCUGGAAAUCGAAGAGUUGAAGGAAGAGUUGCAAGCCGCCUCGUGUGACGCGAUGCUGGAACUCCUGGACCUGCUGCUGUGUUUUUCCAUCCUUGAAAUGUGA